GCAGGGACCUUAUCAGCAGCGCCACCCCCCAUCCCUCGCCGUCCCCCUCCGUCCCUCCCUCCCUCCCUUCUCGCUCGCCUGCCUGCCCGCCUGCCUUUAAUUCGGGGGCCGCGCACGCCGCACGCUCUCCCGUCUCUUCUCGCCUGCCUCAGCUCCCUCAGCGCCGCCGCGCCGGUACGGUGGCUCUCUGAUCCUCCGUCCCCGUGCCUUCAUUAUAUCAGCCACCGUCCAGCCUCCCGCCGCCACGUCUAGACCCAGUCUUCUCCUACUAGAUCCCGGCUGCGACUAGCUCCUGCGCCUAGCUAUAAACGCACGGCCUCUCCUCGUCUCUGCGUCCUCUCUCGCUUGCUGCUGUCGAUCGAGAGGCCGGUUGUGUUCUGCGGUGCUGCUCGUUUAGGAUUGGAGGCAGCUAGCCGGCGAGGUUGCCAAAACUACAAGCUUCUGCUGCACAGCGUCGUCGAGGAGAAAGCUCGCUUCUGCCGGAGGUCCAAGCAGGUUUUAGGCUGCCGUGCAGCGGCGGUGGUGGUGAGGCGAGGAACGGGAAGAAGCUGCUGCUACCUAGCUGCACGCGAGGAGCGCGGCGCCGAUCGAGACCGUGAAGCUGGCGGCCGGCAAGUGGUGGGAGCGGCCAGAUGACGCGGCCAUGCCCGGAAUGGACCCCGGCGGGGGCGGCAGCUCGCGCUACUUCCACCAGCUGCUCCGGCCGCAGCAGCCAUCGCCGCUGUCGCCCAACUCCCACGUCAAGAUGGAGCACCACAAGAUGUCCCCCGACAAGAGCCCCGCGGGCGAGGGCGCCGAGGCGGGCGGGAGCGGCAGCGGGGGCGGCGCCGGCAGCGACCAGCCGUCCUCGUCGGCCAUGGUCCCGGCCGAGGGUGGCAGCGGGGGCAGCGGGUCGGGCGGGCCCACGCGGCGGCCGCGCGGGCGCCCGCCGGGCUCCAAGAACAAGCCCAAGCCGCCCAUCAUCGUGACGCGCGACAGCCCCAACGCGCUGCACUCGCACGUCCUCGAGGUCGCGGCGGGAGCGGACGUCGUCGACUGCGUCGCCGAGUACGCGCGCCGCCGGGGCCGCGGCGUGUGCGUCCUGAGCGGCGGGGGCGCCGUCGUGAACGUCGCGCUCAGGCAGCCGGGCGCGUCGCCCCCCGGGAGCAUGGUGGCCACGCUGCGGGGCCGGUUCGAGAUCCUCUCCCUCACCGGCACGGUGCUGCCCCCACCGGCUCCGCCCGGCGUGAGCGGUCUCACCGUCUUCCUCUCCGGUGGGCAGGGCCAGGUCAUCGGCGGGAGCGUCGUGGGCCCGCUGGUGGCCGCGGGGCCCGUCGUCUUGAUGGCGGCGUCGUUCGCCAACGCGGUGUACGAGAGGCUGCCGCUGGAGGGGGAGGAAGAGGAGACGGCCGCGGCCGCCGGCGGAGCGGAGCCGCAAGAUCAAGUGGCGCAGUCGGCUGGACCCCAAGGGCAGCAGCCGACGGCUUCUCAGUCCUCUGGUGUGACUGGAGGCGACGCGGGCGGCGGCGGCAUGUCGCUCUACAACCUCGCCGGGAAUGUAGGGGCCUACCAGCUCCCGGGAGACAAUUUCGGAGGCUGGAGUGGAGGCGGCGGGGGCGGAGUCCGGCCACAGUUCUGAUCCAUGCCUUGCUACACCGAAUUCUCAUCAACAUGAAGAAGACGUACAUCACAGAGGUUCAAAUGGUGCAGAAGCUAGUCUAGCUAUCCGGAACUGAGAGCUGAAGCUAGCCUUGAUGGAACUGAGGUCAACACGAUAUGCAUGCUGGAUGGUUCAUUGGAGAGACCUUUCAUCUGGGUGCUAUAAUAUAAUGCAUGUGUCUGCACAUGAGGAGGAAGCAUUGGAAAUCAUCAGGUGUGUUAAAAAAACAAAGUAGUGGUGGUUAAUCAAGGGACAGGAGGAAAGCUAGAGAUGGAUUCAUGCAAGAGCAAGCUCAAUAAACUAAAGGUCAGUGAGAUCUGAUGUUUUGUGUUUCCAGCGUUUCUUUUUUCUCCAUUUUGAUUUGUAAUGUGGUAUUAUAUUCUGAUUGUAUCUUGCUGUAGAAUGAUGUUUCUAUUAUAACCAUUUGCUUCUCUCCUCUA